AAUAAACCAAAAGAAUAUGGCUGCACAGAUAUCAGACUCUGAUCAGAUAAAACAGUUUAGGGAAUUCCUGGGAACCUACAAUAAACUUACAGAAACGUACUUUUUGGACUGUGUUAAAGACUUCACAACAAGAGAAGUAAAACCUGAAGAGCAGAAUGAGGCCCUGGCAGCCAAAGCGGGACUUCUUGGCCAGCCCCGAUAGAGAAGUCCCAAUGGCUGAGCUCUGGGUGGAGGCUGCCAUGGCUGUUGCCCUGGGAAAGAGGACUCAUCAGGUGGAAUCCCUGGAAGUGGUGGGCACCAUGUUGAACCAUCUGUCAUGACUAUUUGGAAA